CCUCCUAUGUGAUAACUGAUCAAACAGAGCUACGGAAAAUCAAGUGCAUGGAGAAGACGGGGAUCAGCAUAACCAGGGAGCUGAUGUGGUGGUGGGGAGUGAGGCUGGCGACGGUGCAGCAGCUGCUGGACCUGCUGCAAGGGCUGCAGCUGUACCGCGCGGCGCAGGUCAUCCUGGACUGGACAUCUGCAUUUAGUACUACCAAUGCUGAAAAAGAAGAGCUGGUAGAGCCACCUAAACAGGAGAAUGUAUCCUUAACUCCCACAGAAAACAAAAAGAGAGAGAGAGACAACGAGAUAAGUCUGUUGCCAUCACCAGACUCUUCACAUCUGGGGGUACCACCAGCAGGGUGUGUUCUCAGAGCUGUUAUUUCAAUUUCAGGUCCUGUUUCUGACGUUUUGUAUUUGCUCCCUGGUCCACCACCUCCCCCAAGAGACCUCCUGAAAUCCUUACAGUCAAAUCCUCCCGUCUCGUCGAGCGUGAAGCCUUGCAGCUUUUCUGCUCCUCAGCAGGAGACAAUGACUGAUCUCCCCAGCGGGAGUCUCCUGUGGACCCAGAAGGAAGUUACUAGUGCCACAAAUGGUUUCAGUGACAAGAGCAGAAUUUGUGAAGGUACUUUUGCAGAUGUCUACAGAGGUCAGAGGAACAACAUGGUGUAUGUCAUCAAAAGGCUGAAAGAGGUGGAAUGCACGAGCCCAAACUCCACACAAAGGUUCUUUCACACAGAAGUACAGAUUUGCUUUCGGUGUUGUCACAUCAACAUCUUGCAGCUGCUGGGUUUCUCAGUAGAAACUGGAUUGCACUGUCUGAUAUAUCCAUACCUGCCCAACGGAUCCCUCCAAAACAAACUUCAGUGUCAAGAUGGCUCUGCUCCACUGAGCUGGGAGAUGAGAAUUGCCAUUUCCACAGGACUCAUCCGAGCUGUAGAGUAUUUACAUAACUUUGGAAUUCUUCAUGGGAACAUCAAAAGCUCAAAUGUCUUGUUGGAUGAGAACUUUACACCAAAGCUUGGACAUUCAGGUCUGCGACUCUAUUCUGCUGAUAAAAAAUCAGAAUAUGCUAUGGUGAAAACCAAAGUCCUGCAAGCCUCUCUUACUUACCUGCCAGAAGAUUUUAUCAGACAUGGGCAGCUAACAGAAAAAGUUGAUGUAUUCAGCUGUGGUGUGGUCUUAGCAGAGAUACUGACGGGGGUUAAGGCUCUGGAUGAAGGAAGACAUCCUAUCUAUCUGAAAGAUAUGAUUGCUGAUGAAAUUCAAAUAGCAAAAGAAAGCUCCUGCUCCAAAGUGAAAAGCUGUGAAAAGCUAGCUGCCAAGGAGAUCUGCCACAAGUAUCUCGACAGGAAUGCAGGACCCUUGCUGGAGGGAGCUGGUGUUGAUUUUGCCUCUGCCAUCUGCCUUUGUCUGAGGAAGAAGAACUCUAACAUAGCAGAGGUGCGUGAAGCUCUGGAGACGGCUGAAAAUAAGUUAAGAGAGCAUUCCAUCUGUGGAGGCAGCACGUCUGGCUUCUCCACGAACACUCCAGAAGAAACAGAUGAUGAGACAACCAGUCUGAGCGUGGACGUGCCCUCGGCAGGGGGGGGCAGGGAGGACAGCACGCAGGCAGCGGUGCUGGCGGGCGCCCGGCCCUGCACGGCCCUGGCAGGAGCUGUGCCACCUGACACCUGCUGUGCCCAGGAGUCGAGGGUCCCUUGUGAAUCCGACGAGUCAAGUAGUUUUAUAUGGAAUCCUUCAGAAAAAUCCAUAGAUGAGCUUUACAGCAAGAGCUGUAACAUCUCAGACAAUACGGCAGGCUCUGGCUGCAAGCAGGAGAAAGCUGGGAAUGCACUCCAGGAAAGAAGUGCAGCCUGUGCCAGAAGUGGUGACAUCCCAGCAGCAGCAUCCUCUGCACAGAGCACCCUUCUGCAAAAUACUGCAGACCUGGACUCCUCGUGUUCUUCACAAGCAGUAGCCAGAGAGACAUCUUGGAAAAUAAAGAUAAAUGAUCAAAAAAAGAAGCUCAUGGAAAAUAUUUUGCUGUAUGAAGAAGACAAAAUAAACAGUUCUGAACUUUUUGAGUCAUAA